AUUGACAUUUUUGAAGAAUGAUCCCAUACAUUUCCUUAUAACAUGACAUGACACCACAGAAACCAAGCUUGGGCUACCUGACCGAAUUCUACCUAUAUAUAUUUGCUCAAGCAGUGACAGGGAAAAAAAUCGGGUUCUAUCGCGUGACAUAACAUGCGUGAUGCAAAGAGAGACGUGUACAUUGAGUCGGAACAGUAGUGCCCUGUUAGGACUUGUUGAUUGUACAUUCAAACAGCCAUGGCGCUCUCACCGUCAGAAAUCCUUCUAGAAAUCUAUAACAAGCUGAAAGAGUUUGCGAUUAAAGGCGAGACACCAGUCAAGAGCCUCGUGCUUUCCCUCUUCGUCUACGCAGUCAAGCAGUUCUUCAAAGAGAACAUUUAUUCAUGUCCUGUUCAGAAUUACCUUGUUUAUGGUAAUCUAUUCAUCUAUGGACCUGCAGUCGUACUGUUUUGCCUCUCGCUUCUCAUUUCGGAGUCAUUUUGGCGAUUCACUACUGGAGGUUGUUGUUGUAGAAGGGUAAUUUGGUCGAAGUCACGCAAGAGUAUCUAUUUAGCCAUAUUACCUCCAUUCGUGUGGCUUAUUCUCGCAUUCGCUGAUGCCCACUUCUAUGUUUGUGCACAACUUGGUCCAUUUGAGUCGGCAAAGGCUGCUGCUAACAGUUCUUCUGCACUAGAGAAAGCGAAGUUAAAGUUCUCUAACGCUCGUACUCAUUCUCAGAUCAUCUCCUGGGUUUUGCUUCUGUCACUGAUGGUUAUAGCUACGAUUGUUUUGACUGUUGAUCGGUGUUGCUCGAAGUUUGGCUCGAAGAUCAUUCGACAAGACGAGUUUGAUGAGAUCGAAGCGAAUUAUGCCAUGAAGUUGUACAACGAGAGAAUCAAACCACUGGCUGAAGAACGAGCAAAGACAUCGGUGGACCAACUUUUCCAGGCUUACAAGGACGAGAAACCUGGUGAAAUAUGUGAAAUUGCAACUGCAGCAGAAGAUUAUCUCCUGACAGUCUACCCUAAACACGCUAGUGUUGGGAGCUGUGUCUCUCCUCCCUCUACUGAUCAUAGAAGCUCGAAAUUCAAGGAAUUGUUUAAGAAAAGAGGCAAGAAUGUGGAAGAUGAUGAGGUAGGGUUGACAGAAAGUGGCCCACAGCAACAUUACACUUCGAUUAACUAGCUUUGUUUCUGGCAACGAGAAUUGAAGCUUUUGCUUUUGGCGUAAUGUUUCCCUAUUCUCCUUGUCAAUCGAAUUAGUAUUAUUCCUUUAUUUUUUGCUAAAGCUUAAGAUAUACCUUAUAUGGACAAUUCUUAUUCGUAAGAGAUUGAAAGAUGGGAAAACAUUUGGCUCAUAACAUUGUAUUAUUGAAGAAGGCCCAUUGAUAACUUUAAUAUGGGAUGAUUUUCAUCAGUACAAACAAACAAACAAACAAACAAACAAACAAUCGUAUGAAACCAAGUUAAGGUUAAACCAAGUUAAAAAUUGAAACAAAAAAAGAACGAAUAGAAAGACAUUCCAAACUUUAGAUGCACACAAUAGCGAAAAUAAACGUUCCCUCGUU